GCUGUCAACGCGCGUAUAGAUUGCUCAGAUCUUUUCCAUGGAGUGAGUAGGGAUUAGACAUUACUAGAGACACACCUUUCACUGGAGCCACUGCUUAUAACAUACAACCAUGAACUACAUUCCUACACAUGUGCGAUCCCGCAGUCAGCAUUUGCGGGAGAAGUCCUUGUUGGAUAUCGCAGACUCGCUGCCGUGUGUGUGCGCGCGUGAUGAGUUUGGCGUGCGUGUGUACAAUGGUUUUGACAGUGCACAGACAGUCGAUACUCACGAUGAGUGGGGAAUACAGAAGCGUAAGGGAUGCUCGCUAGGGAAGUAUAUUGAUACGGAGUUGAAGCUCUUGAAAGCGUCACUACUGAGUUCCUGGAAAAACACGGGAGAUAUGGUUCAAA